AUGCGAACUCGAUCGAGCUCAUCAACUGAAGACUUGGUCGAGUUGGACAUCAACAUAGGCAGAAUACAGAGAAAGAAGACUCAGAGGCUACAAGUUGAACCAGAGGUGGUUGUUACUGAAACAAUGGACAUACCAGAGGGUAAUGGAAACCCUUUGGGUAAUGGACUCGGUCGAGCUAGGCAGACUCGACCGAUUGGACUUGGAGAUGCACCAAACCGCCAUCAACAAAGACAAGGGAUUGUCCCACCUACCUUGAACCCCAUUGAUCACCUUGAUGAGUUUGAUAGGUUGUGUGAUUUGACUAAGAUCAAUGGUGUCUCUGAAGAUGCCAUCAAGCUGAGACUCUUCCCUAUGUCUCUUGCUGACAAGGCUCACCAAUGGGAGAAGAGCCUGCAAGAAGGCAUUUGGGAUGAGUGCAAGAAGGCAUUUCUUUCCAAGUUCUUUUCAACCGCUUGCACUACCAAGCUAAGGAGUGAGAUCUCAAGCUGA